AUGGAGUCGUUCAUGAACGCAGGCUCCGCGCCAGCCCCAUCCGCGGCGAGGCCGCACGUCGUGCUGCUGGCCAGCCCCGGCGCCGGCCACCUCAUACCGCUGGCCGAGCUUGCGCGGCGGCUCGUGGAGCACCACGGCUUCGCGGCCACGAUCGUCACCUUCAGCGGCCUCUCCGACUCAGAAGCCCUCCCCAGCGGCAUCCCUACCUCCGUCUCCACCGUCGCGCUCCCGGCCGUCAAGAUCGACGACCUCCCCGCCGACGCCCUCCGUGGCAGCGUGCUCGUGGAGCUCAUCCAUCGCUCCCUCCCCAGCCUCAGCACCUUUCUCCGCUCCAUCGGCUCGACCACUCCGCUCGCCGCGCUGGUUCCGGACUUCUUAUGCUCCGCGGCGCUGCCCCUCGCGGUCGAGCUAGGCGUCCCGUGCUACGUGUUCAUCCCCAGUAGCCUCACCAUGAUCUACCUGAUGCGCCGCGUCGUGGAGCUCCACGACGACGCGGCCCCUGGCGAGUACCGCGACCUCCCGGAGCCUCUCGAGAUCCCCGGGGGCUUGUCGCUGCGCCGCGCAGACCUUCCGGUCCCGUAUCGCGACUGUAACGGGCCGGCUUACGCGCAACUGCUCCGGGGAGGCCGGCGAUACCGCCGUGCCGACGGUUUUUUGACGAACACCUUCUACGAGAUGGAACCUGCCAUGGCGGAAGAGUUCAGGCAGGCGGCGGAGCAAGGCGCGUUCCCGCCGGCGUUCCCCGUGGGGCCGUUCGUCCGGUCAAACUCCGACGAGGAAACCGGCGCGUCGGCCAUCCUAGAGUGGCUUGACAGCCAGCCGACAAGGUCGGUGGUGUACGUCGCGUUCGGAAGCGGCGGAGCUCUGUCUGCGGAGCAGACGGUCGAGCUCGCCGCGGGGCUAGAGGCAAGCAGACAGAGGUUCCUCUGGGUGGUGCGGAUGCCGAGCCUGGACGGCCGGACGUGUGCCUUCGGGGCCCGCGACGAUGACGACCCAUUGGCGUGGCUUCCCGAGGGCUUCCUGGAGAGGACCAGGGGCAGGGGGCUCGCCGUGCCGGCCUGGGCGCCACAGGUGCGCGUCCUGUCCCACCCGGCGACGGCGAUCUUCGUGUCGCACUGCGGGUGGAACUCGGCGCUGGAGAGCGCGGCGUCCGGCGUGCCGAUGGUCGCGUGGCCGCUUUACGCGGAGCAGAGGAUGAACGCCGCUCUGCUGGAAGGGACCCUCGGGGUGGCGCUGCGACCGAGAGCGCGAGAGGACGGCGGCGUCGUGGCGCGCGAGGAAGUUGCGGCCGCCGUGAACGAGCUCAUGGAGGGGGAGAGUGGGCGCGCCGUGAGGCGCCGGGCCGAGGACCUGCAGCGAGCGGCGGCACGCGCGUGGUCGCCGGAUGGUUCGUCGCGCCGGGCGCUGGAGGAUGUCGCCGCCAAGUGGAAGGCGGCGCUUGGCGGGGGUCCUGAUAACCCGUAG